AUGCUCGUUGCAGGAUUACUUCUCAAAGGCCUCAAGAGCCGCUACUCUACUGGCUCCAUCUUCGGUACCCUGGUAGAGUGCUGCAUUCGAUUCCUCCAGUUCGUCUUCGGCAUCGCUAUCAUCGGGCUGUAUGCGCAGGAUGUCGACCGGGCUAGAAAACACGGAGACACUCAGGACUCAAGAUGGAUCUAUGCAACUGUCGUGGGAACUCUCUCUGCCAUCUCAGGCCUAGUCUACAUCCUCAUCCCUUGCGCCGUUCGACGCCCUCUCUCCCAAGCAACGUUCAUCCACCUACCAUGCUUCAUCUACGACAGUGUACUGGUAAUUCUCUGGCUGACGCAGUUCGGAAUCUUCGCCAAGCUGUACAUCACCGUCGAUGAUGAGAAGGACCCUAAUCUCAAGCGCAUGAAGCACUCCGCCUAUAUGGACUUGGUCAACCUGUCAUUCUGGAUGAUUACCUGUGCCUGGUGUGGUAUUCGCUGGUGGAGAGGGAACAAGGCCGGCGCUGUGCAGAGUAACGAGAAGGCCUUUGAUGAAGAGCAACACAUUGAGCAGGUUUAA